CUGUGCUGAGGGCUUUGAGGAGUGGUGGAGCCUGGCUCUGCUGGCCUAGACGCAGAACACACCCUCAUGCUGAGUGGGUAUCCGGACUGAGGGGCAGUUGGCGGUUUGUCUGAGUGGGAAACAACCUAGAUUUUGUUAUUUGGCAAAGAGCUUGUGUAAAUCCACAGCCAGCCACAGUCCGGAGCCUCGGACACCCCUGAAGUCCUGGGUGAAGCCUCUGGUUUUACCAAUUGCAGGUCAGCUUGGCUGGGAGAGGUGGGUGCCAGGGAAGGGGUCUUGAGGAGCGGGGAGAGGAGGCUUUCCUCCUGCCAGCUUCCCCUUGCCAGCCCUGGCUCCAGUCCACACAUUCUACCAUCUCACGGGGUUCCCUGAAUUUGUGGGAGACCCUUGAUCCCAUCCCAGAAUGUGCGAGGGACGGAGGUUUAGUGGGACAACGUCAUAAAUUUGAAUGCUGAAGGGAAAAUUAUAGAUUUUGAUACUGAAGGAAAUGAAGCGAAGUCUAAAUGAAAAUUCAGCUCGAAGUACAGCAGGCUGUUUGCCUGUUCCAUUGUUCAAUCAGAAAAAGAGGAACCGACAGCCAUUAACUUCCAAUCCACUUAAAGAUGAUUCAGGUAUCAGUACUCCUUCUGACAAUUUUGAUUUUCCUCCUCUACCUGCAGAUUGGGCCUGGGAAGCUAUGAAUCCAGAGUUGGCUCCUGUAAUAAAAACAAUGGACACCGGGCAAAUACCACAUUCAGUUUCUCGUCCUCUGAGAAGUCAAGAUUCUGUCUUUAAUUCUAUUCAAUCAAAAUCUGAAAGAAGCCAGAGUGGUUGGAGCUUCAAAGAUGGUAACAAAACUACCAGCUUGAAAACUUGGAAUAAAAAUGAUUUUAGACCUCAAUGUAAACGAACAAACUUAGUGGCAAAUGAUGGAAAAAAAUCCUGUCCAAUGAGUUUGGGAGCUCAGCAACAAAAACAAUUAAGAAUACCUGAACCUCCUAACUUAUCUCGCAACAAAGAAACCGAGCUACCUAGACAAACACAUUCAUUAAAAAUAUCUGGUUCCACAAUGAGAGGUCUAGACAAAAACAGUGCAUUACAGACAUUUAAGCCCAAUUUUCAACAAAAUCAAUAUAAGAAACAAAUGUUGGAUGAUUUUCCAGAAGAAAAUGCUCUGAAGGAAACCUCAUUGUAUCAGGUACAGUUUAAGGAAAAAGACAAUUCUUUAAGAAUUAUUUCUGCAGUUAUUGAAAGCAUGAAGUACUGGCGUGAACAUGCACAGAAAAGUGUACUUCUUUUUGAAGUAUUAGCUGUUCUUGAUUCGGCUGUUACACCUGGCCCAUAUUAUUCAAAGACUUUUCUUCUGAGGGAUGGGAAAAAUACUCUGCCUUGUGUAUUUUAUGAAAUUGAUCGUGAACUUCCAAGACUGAUUAGAGGCCGAGUUCAUAGAUGUAUUGGCAACUAUGACCAGAAAAAGAACAUUUUCAAAUGUGUUUCUGUCAGACCGGCAUCUGUUUCUGAACAAAAAACUUUCCAGGCAUUUGUCAAAAUUGCAGAUGUUGAGAUGCAGUAUUAUGUUAAUGUAAUGAAUGAAACUUAAGUAGGGAUAAAAGGAAGUUUAAAUAGCAUAAAUUAUAGCAGUUUUCUGUUAUUGCUUAAUUUACCAUCUCCAUAGUUUUAUAGCUACUGUUUUCCUGUAUUUCACUUGUUGAAUUAAAGUAUUUGAAUCCUCUUAAAUGUGGA